CUUCAUUGACUAAAAGAUGAAAAUAUCAAAGAUUCACUGCCUUUUGGUGGUCUUGGUGUUUGCUCUACUUGGCGUCUAUAUACCUACCGUUUCUGCCGAUGCUGAACAAAUUGUGAUCAAGAACGAACCUGAAGGACGAACUCAAGGUUUAGCUGCUGAACAAGUUGAACAAUUGGAAACUGAAAAAUUUACUUUUCAAACUGAAAUUUCACGUCUCAUGAGUUUGAUUAUCAAUUCCCUGUACAAGUCUCGCGAAAUUUUCUUACGUGAAUUGAUCUCCAACGCGUCUGAUGCACUUGACAAGAUUCGCUUUUUGGCUCUUACUGAUGCUUCUGCCUUGGCUACUCAAGAAGAUCUCACCAUUUCCAUUGCUGCUGAUCCUGAAACAAAUUCUUUGAUUAUUACUGAUACUGGUAUUGGUAUGACUCGUGAACAACUGAUGAAGAACUUGGGUACAAUUGCAAAGUCUGGUACUUCUGAAUUCUUGGAAAAAUUGGAAUCUGCAAAAGGUGAUGUGACACAAAUUGGACAAUUUGGUGUGGGUUUCUAUUCUGUAUUUCUGGUGGCUGACAAAGUAACCGUUGCCUCCAAGUCCAACGAUGAUCCUGAUCAACAUGUAUGGAUGAGUGAAGCUGUGGAUGAUUUCGUCAUUGCCAAGGAUCCCCGUGGAAAUACACUUGGUCGUGGUACUCAAAUCACCAUUCAUUUGAAGGAUAAUGCUUUGGAAUUCAUGAAUCAAGAUACUCUCAAAAGUUUGGUUGGCAAGUACUCUGAAUUUAUUAACUUUCCUAUCAUGGUAUGGACUUCCCGUAAUGAAACUAUCACUAAACCUAAACAAGAACAAAAUGAAGAAGAUGAUGAUAUUAUGGAAGAAUCUUUGGAUAAGGAUCAAUCAGAUGUCAAUAAGGAAGAAGAACAAGAAACAAGGACGAUUUACUCUUGGGAACGUGUCAAUACCAUCAAGCCUAUUUGGAUGCGCAACCCCAAAGAUGUCUCUGAUGAAGAUUAUGUAGACUUUUACCGUUCAUUUACCAAGAAUCCCAGUGGAGAAGCUUUAACCUGGUCUCAUUACAAAGGUGAAGGUGAUGUCGAAUUCAGGUCCAUCAUUUACGUCCCAUCUCAAGCUGAUCCCAACUUUUUCCAAAAUUUGGCUGAAAAGGUCCACAAUGUCAAACUCUUUGUCAAGCGUGUCUUUAUUACCGAUGAAUUUGAUCUUUUCCCCAAAUGGUUAUCUUUCCUCAAAGGUGUAGUGGAUGCUGAUGAUCUCCCUCUGAAUGUGUCUCGCGAAACUUUACAAAAGCACCGCUCUCUUCGUACCAUCUCUAAGCAUCUGGUCAAGAAAUCACUCGAUAUGUUCGCUCAACUGGCAAAGCAAGAUGAAGAAAAAUAUACCAAGUUUAUCAAGCAAUUCGGGUCUGCUCUCAAGUAUGGUGCCAUUGAAUCAAAUACUCAUCGCAAGAAGGUCUCUUCUCUGUUACGUUUUGCAUCAUCCUACGAUCCUUCUGGACCCACCGUCAGUUUGGAUAGUUAUGUCUCCCGCAUGAAAGCAAAUCAAAAAUCGAUUUAUUACCUGUCUGGUAUGUCCAUCUCUGAAAUUGAAAACUCACCCUUCUUGGAACAAUUGUUGGCUCGUGGUUAUGAAGUAUUAUACAUGGUGGAUCCUAUUGAUGAAAUGUUGAUUCAAAAUAUGCCUGGUUACAAUGGAAAGAUGUUUGUCAAUAUCGCAAAGGGUAUAUUGAACUUUGGUGAUGAAGAAGAAGAAGGAUUGGAUCAAGCUAAUGACAGCGUCAAAUAUCAACCUCUCUUUGACUGGCUCAAGGAGACACUCAAGGAUCAAGUGGAUAAAGUGGUGAGCUCCAAGCGUUUAACAAAAUCCCCUAUGGCUAUUGUGGCCAACGAUUUUGGUUUGACUGGACACAUGGAACGAUUGAUGGCUGCACAAGGUGCGGAAAGCAAGAGUCAACAAGACAUGAUGCUCAAUAUGAUGAAGAUGCAAAAGAAGACUUUGGAAAUCAACCCUGCGCACCCAAUCAUCAAGACAUUGUUGGAACGUGUACAAUCGGAUGAUGUGGACAGUGAUAUGACAGAAUUGGUGACCGUGCUUUACGAAACGACAUCGAUUCGCAGUGGAUAUCCCUUGGCUGAUAUCAAUGGCUUUACAAAACGUGUGGAAACCAUUAUUCGAAAAGGCGUUGGUGUCAAUUUGGAUGAAGAGGCUCAAGUCGAUGUCAAGCCAGCUGCCGACAAAACCCCUGAAGAAAAGGAUCAAGAUGAUCAAUUCCGUCAACAAUCCAAAGCCAUUGAUAUUGAAAACGACAACAAGGAUGAAGAUGAUGAUGAAUUACUGGCUCGUCUGCAUGAUGAAUUGUAGACUUCAUUUUUUUUUUUUUUUACUUAGAACCCUGUAGUAGUAGUAUUGAUUUACAAUCUUAUUCAAUAAAAGAACUAUAAAAAAAUUAUUACACUGGUA